CAACUACUCAACUAUUUCACUUACAAGGCUGCAAGGACUGUUCUUCAGCAGUUGUAUGAGAUGAACCCCAACCCAUAUAGGUGGUUUUAUGAGUUUGUUGCAACAAACAAGCCAGGAGAUGGGAAACGUUUUAUCAGAUCCCUUGGCAAGGAGAAACAAGAUCUUGCUGAGAGAGUGAUGAUAACAAGGCUUCACCUUUAUAGUAAAUGGGUCAAGAAAUGUAAUCAUGCUGAGAUAUAUCAAGAGAUCUCAGAUGAAAACUUGGAGUUGAUGAGGGAAAGGCUGAUGGAGACUAUAAUAUGGCCCUCGGAUGACACAAACACAGAAAAAAUCGGAUGAUAAGUCUGCAACCUAUAUCUCAUCUUCCAUUCCGAACUCUAGCUGAAAUUGGGGGGGAAAAAGAGUUUAGGUGGAGUGUACUUUUUUCCCUUUCUAUACGAAUCUGUUGCCUUUUCCAAAUCUGCACUGUCUGCAAAAUAGAAUUGUUGGAUUCAGUGUAUAAAAUGUGUACAUAUUUGUACUCAUCUAUAUGCCAAUAGUUAGAUAUAAUUUGAAGAGAGUAUUUGUGAGUGAGGUGUACUCACAUCAAUUUCUUUGUAGACUAAAAUUAAAUUUCAAAUCAUUGAGAAGCUGAUAUUAAAGAUGUUAAACAUUCA